AUGUCCGAAGAACUUUUGCUGCACAGUCGCGCGCGGCGCGCGACGGCGGGAAAUCGCAUGCGCGAGCUGCUUGAGCAGCAGCUUGAAGACGAAGAUACCAUCUUUGCCGAAGUCGAAAACGAUGUCGAGUUUGAGCAGGUGGUCGACGAGGUGGAUAUCGUCGAUUCCGACUUUGACGGGAGUAGCUCGGAGGAAGAUAGUGCCGAGGAUGCCGAGGCGGAGGACAGGAUCGAGCAAGAGGAGCGGCGUGUGCGCACCUCGAAAAAGCCGCGCGCACUCCCGCUGCAUGCGAUCCGGCCAGCACUCGCGCAGCCACGGCCACCAAAGCCCACCUUCGAUACGAAAAAAAGGGCGCCGGCGGCACGGCCAGUCGUGCUGGCAGAUGGUGUGCGGCGCAGCAGCUCACGCAGUGCAACUGUACAGAGCAAGAUGGAGACCAUGUCGAAGCUGCGCGAGGCAGAAGAGCGGCGUGCGUCUGCGCGUGCGCGGCCUGUGAAAAAGCGAAGCAAGCGUCUUACGCAGGACAUGCUUAUCGCAGAAGCGCUCGAGAUGGAAGAGGGAAAUACACAGAGCUUGCAGCGGUUCUUGCAUGAGGAAGAAGAGCGCAAGGUCCGGCAACGUGCGUCCACGAAGCGCGGCAUUGUCGGGCCGUACAUGCGCUGGAUCAGUGUUGGGAUGACGCCCAAUACAUUUUUCAUGCGUGAGAGGAGAGAAGAGACGAGAAUAGGGGAGAGCGAGGCUGCUAUGGAAGUCGAGGGUGAGGCGGCGGAUGGAAGCAAAAGCACCGAGACGGCCGCAAUGGAGGCGCAAGCGCCGACGCCGACGCCGACGCCGACCGACGAGCAGGGCAUUGCAGAGGAUGUUGGGCGUGCGCUGCCGCGCGAUGCGACGCACUUGGCUGCCACUGUCAGUGGCGGCGCAAUGCAUGCCGAGACCGGGAGCACAACAGGGGCGAUGUCGGCAGGAGCGCCAACGGCCGAGACAGCCGCCACGGCCACGGUGCCAAGUGUCUCUUUACAAGAGACCGCAGCGCCUAUGCCUGCGGCAGCAGGACAGGAAAAUGCACCUCCGUCCCAUGCCAUCCCGCCCCCGGAUUUGCACAACACCGCGCCGAGUGCGAUUUCGAAUGCGCCAGCGCAUCAUGCAGACGUGAAGCCUGCAUCGGCCCACACCGAUACCCAUACCCCGCCGAUGCAUCUUUCGCCAAAGGACGCGUCUGCUGUCCCUGCAGCUGAAAUAGCCGACCCGCGCGACGAGGAGGUUGCAGCACGCACGAUCCUUUCCUUGCAUCAACUACCUCCGGAUGCGGGGUGGCCCGACGAGUUUGCACUCCUGCUUGGCGACCACUGUACAUGGGACCGUCUUCCUGUUGUGCCAUCACGAAACAGGCCAUUCCGUCCGCGGCAGAGCACCUGCGUGAUCACUGGACUCGCCGCGCGCUACCGCGAUCCGGUGACAGGGAUUCCUUAUGCGACCAAGGAAGCGUUUGAGACCUUGCGUCGUGUGCAAAGCAAUGCAUUCCUAUGGACAGGCUCAGACUCGCACACGACUGCAUUGGCGGCGGGAUGCUAUAUGGCCGGUGUCGAUGAUGCCGGUGCAGGUGGCAUCUUUCAGCGGUGCUGGGAGGAAAAGGCAGUAGGAAAAGAUAGAGGAGAGUAUAGCGCGACGUAG